AUGCAGGUGGCAUCUACUCCCUGCAGGGCCAUGAGGCUUCUGGCGAUGGUGGUUCUUCUGCUGACUCUUACAGGUAGGGAAGUAUCACCUGGGCAUACGGCUGAAAGUAUGGCUUGAAGAUCAGGGGUGAGUGCAUGUCCUUCCUUCAUAUUUCCAAAAAUGGUCCUGAGGAGAUAGGAAAAUGGCAUGCUUUCUGCAGCAAAGCACCGCCGCUGGUGCCUCUCUGUAGAAUACCCUCCUUUGUCCUUCUUACCUGGCAUGCAUUAUCGUUUGCUUGUUUUUUUAGGCACCAGCCAAAGAAGACCUUUUUGUUCUCCCAAGUUCUCUCCCACAUCACUUUUAGUGCUUUUACAACCUUCGAAAGGCUGCUGGACUCCAACUCCCAUCAGCCCCAGCCUAGUUAAUGACUGGGAAUGAUGGGAGUUGUAGUUCAUCAACAUCUGGAGGGUGGCCAGUUCCUCAUCCCUAUUUUAUACCUUUGCACUUAAUUAUUCCUGUCAUUUGCUUCAAAUUUGUUCUUAAUUGCUGUGCUUGCAUUGGCUUUAGCUGUUUAGAGUUUUUUUAAAAAUAAUUGUUUUUUGGAGGGUGUUAUCAUGUAAACUUUGCAUUGUAUUUUGUCAUCAACCCAAAUGAUGAUGAUUAAUACCCCAGCCACUCUGGGCAGCUCCCAGCAGAAUAGUAAAAACAUGAUAAAACAUUAAAAACCUCCCUAUACAGGGCUGCUUUCAGAUGUCUUCUAAAUGUUAUGUAAUUACUCAUCUCCUUAACAUCAGAUGAGAGGGCAUUUCACAGGGCGGGUGCCACAACCAAAGAAGGCCCUCUGCCUGGUUCCCUGUAACUUUGCUUCUCGCAGUGAGGGAACCACCAGAAAGCCCUCAGAGGAAGAAGGCCUCAGUAUCUGGGCUGAGCGAACUCGGGGCUCAUCCAGACUUCAUUGUCUGCCGCAUUUCUAGGCACAGGUUCGAGCUUUAAAGCUCCUUCUCUGAGCACUUUUUUCUUUUGCCCCAGUGUUUGCCCCGUGAAAAUCCGCUGUUUACAGCUGAAUCAGACCAAAUUGCUGUUAGUUCCAAUUCAGCUUUAAGGAGCAGGUUUUCCCAGGGAAAACAGUGUUGCAAAAAAUAAAAGUGGUUGGACUUUGAGCUUUAAGGUGCAUAUCUGUGCUUAGCAAACAUGAGGCAAAACGGGCGUGUGGAUGAGCCUUUAUGGUUAUGAAGGCGGUGUUCCAUAAAUGUAAUAGAUAAAUAGAUUCUGAAGCACUGCCAUAGGAUUUCUAUACAUUCAUCUGGGUCGGGGAUCAGGGACGUCAAACCUGGUGACUCAGUGUGGUCUAUCCAAGCCCUGGGACUUUCUACAGGUCAUGUCCCUCUCGCUAACCCUGCUCCUGGAGGGCUUUUGGCUGACCUGGUUGUGUCUUUGCUUGCCCGGAUGAAGAGAAGCAUGCGUAGAGGGAAGUGCAGAAACAGCUGACUUUUGCAAGGCUGGAAAAAUUGCCCUCUACACAAAACACAGAGUCACAUCUGUAACUCCACCCACUUUCACCUUUGGCCCCAACCACCAGCAGCAUAAUGGCAUACAUGGAAGGCUGCCCAUGGGGGAAUGCAGACCUCAGGCUGAAAGAGGUUCCUCUCUCUUUUAACCAAGCUGGGCUGGUGGCUGGGAUCCUUGCCGCUUAGCCAAUGUGACAUCGCUAGGUAUGGUGGAAGCUAUCUCUCACCUUAGCUGGUUUUCCUCUGCAGUUGCUGCGCAGGAUGAGUCGCGGAUCAUCGGGGGCCAAGACUGCACCCUAGGCGAACAGCGCUACCAGGUUGUCCUCUCCAAUAGCAAGAGAAAUGGACCAGAUAUUCUGUGCGGAGGCGUUCUGAUAGACAAGUACUGGGUUCUUACCGCUGCUCACUGUAACCAACAGGGGUAAGGAAACUCAAGAUUGCUGAUCCUGGGAGAAGGGCAAGGUGGGAAGGGCUUUGGGGUUAUUAGCAUCUCUGGAGCGGUUUUAAUGUUGCAUUGUAGCCAUUGUUGCAGAAAUGGAAGGUGUAUCUUGCAGGGGAGCUUUCUGUUCACUUCCUUCCCUCCACAACCCUCUUAAUUGCCCCUCCUACUGCGGUACCAUACAACUCAGCCCACAAUGUUCUCCUGUUCUUAUUAUUAAAUAGGUAUCAGACUGCGACCUGAGAUGUCUAGGAAGUUUGCAGGUAGACAAUCCUGUAAAUACACAAAAUCUAACCCACCCACCCCAAAAAAAUAAUUAUCCAAGGGGAUCUUGGAUGAACUUUUCCCACUAUCGGUUUCAUAUACAUACAUAAACACAGCAGGUAUUGCUCCAGAAGCCAUCUUGUGGUUGUAAAAUGGAACGGUGGGACUUUCAGGGCUUUAAUCUCAGACGAGUGAGUGGGAAGGAAAAUGGUUUUUAGGUGCGUGUGACACUCCAGUGGUCUCAGAUCUUGGCUGCAUUUGGAUGGUCAUGCCUUAGGAACCCUUCAAUGAAAUGUGAAAAUAUCCAAUCAAACCAUGGUUUCCUGUGUUGCCCAAACCGAGAAACUAUGCAACAAGCUGGGAUAUUAAACCACAGUUUAAUAUCCUGGCUUAAACAAAAGCUUUUAAGUAUAGUAUUCUGCUUUGAAUUAAAAGGAAAUCAUGUUUAAUUGGUGGCUUCUGGAUGCUAUGAAGAGGAGAGAGAGGGAGCCGCAUUGUUUUGCUUCUUUUUUUUUUACACCUCAGCCUAUUAAAAUUAGAUUAAAUGUGGCUGCUGUUAUCCUAUAUGCCUGGAAUUAAGUUCUAUUGAAGUAAAUAGACCUUCUUUCUAGUGCAGUGGGUGAGAUGACAAGACCACCCCCGUCCCCCAACCAGGUACAAGAUUGAAGGUUUGACAGGGGAUCCACUGUUCCAUCCAGACUAACCCUCUAAAUCGCCUAAACUCAUAACAAUGUAUAAAAAGAUUUAUAGGCCGCUUAAUGGCAAAACUCUCUAAGAAAAGUGUAAAAAAAACAACAACAAAGUAUACACACAAUAAAACAAGUAAAAACAAAGAUGACUAUGAGAAACAUAGAUGACUAAAUUAUAUGCCUGAGUAGGCUUGUUAAAAUACAAAAGGUGUUGGCUACAAUGUAGCCAGGGUGUGCAUGCACACACACACACACACACACACACACACACACAUAUAUAUAUUCCAUUCUGUUAUUUAAUGUGGAUAGUAGCUUCCUGUAACUAUUAAUUGUUCAUACUGUUAGGUUGUUGUUGGUAAAGUAGAAAGGAGAAUUCCCUGGAUGCCUAGAUCCAGGUUUGGGGCAAGUAAUCUUUGAUGAGAGGGCCCCAGCAGAGAUUUGAAAUAACAAAACAUGCGGCAAAACAAAGCAUGGAAAUAUAGGCUAUUAAGACUUUUAAAAUAUCCCCUUCUAUGUUUCUUCUAAAGCUCCCAACUUCCCUUAGCAUAGAAAGAAAUCACACAUUUGGUAAGUUUAAAAUUGUUUACUUACAAACUCUUCAAAGGUCAGAUACAUGAGUUUGUCUACACAGCAGCAAGAAAAGACAGGCAGCAAACCUUAGGCUAGUUUCAAAGUGGUAAAUGUUUCUAAGUUAUUUGUAUAGAAACACAAAGAUGGCUUACUAAGGCUGUGUGGUCUAAGCUUGCAGCAUCCAGCUUAGACAUCCUUACUGGUAGGUUCACAUGGUGGAAAGUGGGAGAACAAAGAGUUUGGUAAUCUGUGCUCCCAAGGUGAUGGAGAGCGACCUAGCUAAGCCUGUCAGGACAACUUACUCUAUGGUCUUAACCCCUUCAUGUAUUAAGCACAUUGGUUAUAUGAGGCUGAUUUAUCCCCCACACGUGACGUUUUCUUUCCAAUCACUAUCUUCUCAUACCUUCCCCUCCUUCAAUCCAGAUUUUCUCAUAACAGGGAUGCUCUGAAAAGGGAAAGGUAUAAGGAGAUCUGGGCAGAGGGAGGGGGAAGUGUGGGGAGGCAGUGAUUUGGAGGAAAACAUCAUGUGGACAAUGGAGAAUUAAUAGAGGCACAGGAAGCUUGCUUAUACACUUCAAACUGUAUGGAUGAGACUACAUACAAAGAACAGCUGUACGUGGCAUAAUCUUUGAUUUAUUGGGAUCAGCUGACAGCCGUAGAAUAUGCCAUCCUCUAUACUAAUCUGUCAUAAACAAGAGCAGAAAUGUGAGAGCGAGAGCAUACACGUCAGAGCGAGGAGGGUCUGACAAUUAACCAGGAAGAUGAUGCCAUCAUUCCUGCUCUGAAAAAAAUGCCCUUCCUCUUCACCACAUUCCUACUCUGCUACACCUUGGUCAAAAAGGAUGAUGAAGCAUUUGGAAGACAAGUCUUGCAGGAAACGGUUUACAGAAGACCUCACCAUGUUUACCUUGGAGAGGGAAGAGGAUUAUCGUUUCCUAAGACGCUACCAUAAAGGGAGGGUGACUCUUUUAGCCUUUUAGCUGGUUACCCACAAGGAGACAAGAAGUCUUGGCGCCAUACCUUCCUCUCCUAUUGCCUCACUGGAGGGCCUUCCAUGAGUCAGUGUUAUUUAGUGCUCAGAUACUUCAUGUGUAUGUAGUCAUCAGGUAAUCUGGACAGAACAGUAAUCAGAGCCGUAAUCUUGCAGAUCAUCUUGUAAACUGAGCAAUUUUUUUAAAAAAGGUCCUUACUCAUGGAAAUGACUCAAAGCAACUUAUAAACACACUUCUCAUGAGCCUGCUCCAACAGCAACAGUGGUCCAAGGAAGAAGGAUCCAGAAACUUUCUCACUUAACAAACAUCCUUAAAAAGCACUUGUCUUCCUGUCCCCAUGGAAAAUAUAUCCUUAUAGUUUCACUUUUUUAAAAAAAAAGUGACUCUCAUUAGGUUUUUCAGUAAUGAAGUCUGAAGUUCCACUUUAUUCAUUAUUAUUAUUAUUGAUUUGUUAAAUUUACAUCCUGCCUUUCCUACAAGGAGCUUUAUUUUAUCCUCACAACAGUUCAGUGAGGUUGUUUGGUGGGAAGACACUUCGCUUCAUGGCUGAUUUGGGAUUUGAAACCUGUAAAUACCACACCAGGCUUGUGUUACCUAUAGAUAAAUCUGUCUAUUUCUCUAUCCCAUGGGAGAGGAGGGGGAGAAGGUGUGAUGGUGAAACACUGGUACUGAACACAUUACUUUGUGGGAGAACUGUAUUGCAAAAUCUGGAGGAAAAUGAAUUUUGAGGGAUGACUCUGUUUUGGUUCGGUGCGUUGUUUCAAAAACUACAAAUCAAGUAGAUUUGCCUUUGAAUGUGAACUAAACCAAACAUGCCCACCUUUCAUUAAAUUCCAGGAGUGGACACCCACCCUUCUUCCCAUUCUGAGCAGAGGAGAAGUGCAAAGAGUUUCUCUCUGUGAACAAGAGGCCACCAUUUUGUGUUAUGCGACACACCUGCACGGCAGCCAUUUUGUAAUUGACAAUAGAUUAUCUCCAAGAUCUCUUCCAGCUCUGAUUCUGGGGUGUUAUGGAAAGGUCAAGUGAUUAUCCCAUUAUUGUGGUUGAAAUGCUUCCUCUCUGAGGUUCAGUGCCCUGUGAUUUAAAUUUUCAUGGAGAACAGGCCUACUCCUCUCUGUGGCAUAGCUGUCAACGUUUCCCUUUUUUUAAGGGAAAUUCCCUUAUUCUGAAUAGGAUUCCUUAAAAGAAAAGGGAAAAGUCGACAGCUAUGCUCCGUGGCUGGCCACGUCUACAAGAGGUGGCUGCUCUGCAAGACAGGACGGAGGUCUAGAUGGGUCUUUGGAAUGGUUUAGCAGGACUCUUCUUAGAUUUAUGUUCUUACGGCUUUUCUUUCUUUUCUUUUUCUCCUCCCCCUCUCCUUCCUGUUCUCAUCCUAUACAGGGUCAUCCACACAAGGAUGGGUGAUCGCAGCCUCAGGGCGAACGAGGGCUCGGAGCAGUGCAUCACAUCUGCACAGAAAUUCCCACACCCCAACUACAAUCCCACCACACAUGACAGCGACAUCAUGUUGAUACGACUGAGCAAUCCCGCCUUCAUCAAUGAAUAUGUCAGGCCUAUUCAGCUGGCUACCCAAUGUGUUCAGCCGAACACUCGGUGCCAGGUGUCAGGCUGGGGGACCACGACAACCCCUCAAUGUACAGUAGAUAAUUUUCAAUACAUACCAGGGGCAUGGAUGUGGUGGGUGUAGAGUUGAUGGCCGCAGCCUGCUCAUGCAGUCUCCAUCGCCACAUUUUCCACCUGCACAAAGCAUUAUACCUCCCCACUAUUUCUCAUUCGUAUUUUCUCUCUGUCUUUUGCGCAACUUUUAAAUUUUCACCCUAAUUGUCACGCCCUGCCCCAGAUCUCCAAGUAUUUCAACGUCUGUCGCCCAGUUUCGUUUUGUUUCUAAGAAUAAUCAUCAGUUAAUCACUGGGGUUCAUUAAAUGUGUGGAAAUUUGCAUGUGGGUAGAAAAACGAAAGUAAGCAGCAUACUUUAUAAAUUAUGCAUGACGCUGAAGAGGUAUUCUCCUAAUAGGGGGAUUCCCUCUUGAGAGCAUUCCAUCCUACCUACGAUUUUCUCUUAAGAUGCAUUCCCUCCAAGAUGCGUUCCAUCUAGAGAGAAAAAGUAUUCUUUUCCAGGAGUCCUCCUUAAAAGAGGAGGCAUCCCAUUCUGUGAUUCCCUCUUAAGCUGAAGAGGCAUUCUUAACCUAUGUGAAAGUAAAGUGUGGUGCCUCUUUUAAGAUGGUGGUUGUCAUCUGCAGGUUUUUUAAUUAAUAUGUGUAGUUUUUAAAAAUGAAAAAUAUGCUGGGUGGUUUUUUUAGUAAAUUAAACUUUUUCUUCAUCGAGUAAACUAAUGGAUCAAUUAGCCACAAAGCUAAUUAUUUCCCUUUCAUAUCUUCUGCUAUAGCCAUUCUCUCAUAUUUCAGAGUGCUUCCAGUCACGAAGGGGUUAUUUCAGUGCUGUUAAAGAGUCCAGAUUCAAAUUUACCCAAUGCAAAAAACAAAACAAAAAAUCCUUCUUGGUGUGAGGUUCUGAUUUGCUUUGCUUCCCAAUUUCAGUUAUAGUUUUUGAGGGUCAUCAAAGUCUCCAACUCGCCAUCUUGGUACCAAGUACCCUCUGGCUCUUGACGUUAUCAGUCAUCUGCCCUAGGUAUGCAGAAGAAAAAAGAGAACCAAUAUCCUGACUGAUCUUCAGAAGAGAAUGCCAGCAUUCCCUUUUAGGGAAAUUGCAAAUAUAUCUAUUUAUCUAUCUAUCUAUCUAUCUAUCUAUCUAUCUAUCAUCUAUCUAUCUAUCUAUCUAUCUAUCUAUCUAUCUAUAUGGAACAAAUUAGCAUGCCCUGUGUAGUCCUGCAAAAUGGGUUGUGUUCAAUGUUAGUCCUCUACUCAGAGUAGACCCACUGAUAUUAAUGGCUAUGAUGAACUUCGGUUCAUUAAUUUUGAUGGGUCCAGUCUAAGUAGAAAUUGGUUGGAUGCAGUCCAAUGUGUUUAUUUACCUGUAUACAGGUAAGUGGAGCUUCAACAUUAAACUACCAGCUACACCAAACGUCCAAAGUUUCACUGCUCCAGAUCUCCUGGCCUGCAUCUAUAUAUUUAUUUGCUUGAAGUUAACAGAACACGAUGACUAACAAUCAAAACCAACAGUUAUUUAUAUUUUUGAAAGUUGCUUGUUCACUAUGCCUCUUGAAAUAUUAUAACCACAUUGAGCAUGGUGGCUCCUGAGAUCAAGCAGGUUCUUGCUUGUGUUCGGAUACAGUUGGAUGCCAUCUUGAAACAAGGCUGAAUCUUUGAAAACUGCAUUGAUUUUAACCCCUGAUUUCAAAACUGCUCUGAUUAUUUGGUUUCUUACCAUUCCCGAGUAAUGCCAUAUAGGAAGUCGAUAGUGAAAUACAAAACGAUCCACGGGUCAACUUAGGCUGGGGCUCAUGAUAAAAGUGGUGGCUUUUUCUCCAGUGUCGCCAGCACCUCCAUAAAACCAUCGGUGUUCUUUGUUUGCAGCACAGUUUCCUGACAUCCUGCAGUGUGCCCAGGUCUACACAAUUUCAAAUGAAGAGUGCAACCAGGCAUACCCCAAUGGUAUCACAGAAAACAUGUUGUGUGCUGGUGUGAGCGGAGGCGGCGUAGACUCCUGCCAGGUGAGAGGCUUUCCCCUAUUGGGCAAAACCCCCCACAAAAUAAUAAAGAUGUUUGCCAGAACACCAGUUCAAAGCAGUUUCAGGUGGUCCAUACCUGUGCCCUUCAAAAUGGCGCACAACGUCAUCUUCCACCCCUGGUGCCCACCAAGGCCCCUGUCGUUUUGGGGAGGAGAAGCUGAGGGAGUUUUGGCUUUCCUUGUUGUUGUUGUCCUUUUCUCGUUGCUUUAUCUUUUGAUUCAGGAGUUUGGGAUAUAAAUAGUCUAAAUAAGUAUGUGAAUAAUUCUGCUCGGCAGGGCGACUCCGGUGGGCCCCUGGUGUGCAACGGGAAACUCGAAGGCAUCGUCUCGUGGGGGAUGCAGAUCUGCGCACAGUCUGGCAAGCCCGGGGUCUACACAAAAAUCUGCCGAUUCACCGACUGGAUUCAGAGCGUCAUACGGAACAACUCAGUCAACCGUGCUGCAGACACUUGUUAG